AAGAGGACCAACUCCCACUUCCUGCCCUUAAGGCUGGAACCCUUUAAAAGCCCCCAGCUUUGAGUUUUAGGUUGGCGUGCCAUCAUGGUGUCAGAGAAGAAGGUCAUAAUUGUUGCUCUGUUUGUUUUUGCUUUCUUCUCUCACGGGGAGGGCAUCAUCGGGGGGAGAGAGGCGGCACCCCACUCUCGGCCCUACAUGGCGUCUAUCCAGGUGGCUGAAGGCGACAGAAUGAAGCACGAAUGCGGAGGUUUUGUGGUCGGCGAUCAGUGGGUGAUGACGGCGGUGCACUGCCUCCCCACCGGGGCAAACGGCAGAAAAGUGGUCCUUGGUGUUCACUCUCUGAGUCAAGAUGAAGACACCAAGCAGACGUUUGACAUCAUGGAGCUUCACAAUCACCCUCAGUUCGACUCGUCCAAUUACGACAACGACAUCGCUCUCAUCAAAUUGGAUCAGCCCUUCAAUGCCUCUGACGCUGUGAAAGCGGUGGCGUUCCAGCGAGCUGACGCCGGUAACCCCGACACGGACGCCGAGGUGGACACGGCCGGCUGGGGGUCCCUGGAUAACCUAGGCUCCCGGCCGGACAAGCUGAAGGAGGUGGUGGUGGAAGUGGUGAACUCGGCGCGGUGCAGACGCAGCGACUACUUUGGCAGGAAGUUCACCGCCAACAUGAUCUGUGCUCAGAAGGUGUGCGAGGACCCUUGUGACCAGCCGCACAAGAAGGAGGACACCUGUGAUGGAGACUCUGGCGGUCCACUGCUCUACAACGGCGUGGCGGUGGGCAUCACGUCCAACGGAGGGAAGAAGUGCGGCCAACUAAAGAAGCCGGGGAUCUACACCAUCAUCUCACACUACACUCAGUGGAUCGACGGCAUCAUGGGCCUUCAGAGCGACGCUUAAGGAGCACCUCAGGGACAUUUCCUGAUGCUCAUAAGGUCAUAUGACUGUCACAUCUGCUUGUCACUUUUAUCUUCAAAUACAGCACUAAACCUAUACAGUAAUCCCUUGUUUAUCGCAGUUAAUUGGUUCCAUGUUAAGUGAAUUUCCACAAAGUUGGAUUUCUUAUUUAUAAAUUGAAUUUAAUCAUAGAAAACCCUCCAAAUCUGUUUUUUUUCAUUAUUAGAGCCAUGUAGACAUAAAAUAACAACCCCAUAGUCACCUUUACACUUGCAUUAUCCAAUAUAGUAGACAUAGUAACAACAUAAAUAAGACUCUUGCUUGUUUGUGUUGCUACAAAUGUGAUCCAGAGGAGAACUGAGUGGCGGGACGGACAGAAAGUGUUGUUGGGGGAACAGAGUUGAGUUUUAGCUUGGUGCGUGUUAUGGCUGCAACAGGUGCCUGUGUUUUUAUUAGGGAUUUUUAUUCAAGAUUAAUGUGCCUGUUGUAGGAUAAUUCAAGCCUACAAUAGAAGCCUGUUGUGUCUCAUCAAACACUCCUGAGACCUAGUGAUCAGUGUAGAGUACUACAUAUUAUCACGUCUUUGAUUGUGCCCUACAUUUAAAUAACAAGUAGCACAUGUGAAAUACAUACUGUAACUGCACCACACGAACUAUGCGGGUAUCGAAAUACACAUUUACAGACUAAUAAUAUACACGCAAAACAAAACCCACAAGUCAUGCUUGGUAACUUCCUGUUGGGGAAGAGUGUGUGUGGGCUUCCAUUUGUGUUACUUGUUGUGUUAUUUUGGAUGUACCGUGAGUGACUGAGGCGUUUGGGUUGAUAAGCUCCUGUUGGUUUUUGGUGUGUGAGUAAGAGUGUAAGUAUAAAGCGAAUUCAAUGCAAAUAAAGAAAACCUCCUCAAGCAA